AUGAAUCUUUUUACUUCAAACGGAGAUAACAGUUACGGAAAUGGAGUUUCGCUAUACGGAAGGGGAGGCAAAAGAGGUGGUUAUGGAGGUGGACGAGCUGUCAGAGGCUAUGGCAGUAGCGGUGCCUAUAAUAAAGGAAUCCCAUUAUCCCGACACACUUACGUUCAACGGCCUAAAUCAUACUCAGCACAGAGGGCCAGACCAUACCGUCCCCGCUAUAGACCAUCGAAUAGAGGCUAUGGAUCGUCAAGUCUAGGAUACGGCGCCUCUAACGGAGGGUACGGGUCAUCGGGUUUAGGAUAUAGCGCUCAAUCAGGAUAUAAAUCACCCCUUCCGUCGCCCAAUCAGUUGUUUGGAUCGUAUUCGCGGUCUUAUAAUAAUAAGCCGUCUUAUAAUAGGCCCUCUUAUGACAGAGUGUCGGCGCCCGACAGCUACGAGUCCCUCUAUGAUGGAUACGACUCGUCAGACGGGGAUCAGCCGUACGAAGAGUAUGCCGACGGAGAAGUGAUUAGCACUCAAGUGUAUGACGGCUAUGAAAUUGUGCGAGAACCUGUCAAUAGUUAUAAUGGCAAUUAUAAUAGCAAUUAUAACUAUUAAUGUCGGACUAAUAAAUCUUGGAUACAGUUUUUGAUACAUUUCCGACAAUAUUCUGCCGACCAUUCAAUUCAAAGCACAAAAGUUAUGACAUUUUUAUACGAUUUCUUCUUUUUGUUGAUUUUUUGUCAUUCACUCUAAAAAAGUUAAAUAUUUAUUUUACU